AUGCUUGAAGGCGACUCACAAGAAAGCAAUAAUAAAUCAUCGUUUUUUUCCCGACCACCCCAAUAUCCCCUCGAAUUCAAUUCCGUUUAUCGCCCCAAAUUUUCCAAUCUUAUGGCUGAUAAGCCAUUUACCAAGCCAUUCUACGUCCGCGAAGAAAGGCGAAGUGCAGAAAAAAAUAGUUUACUGGUUGAUGAUGAUUCUUUACCACUGAAAGAAAUGUGCAAUGUUGAUGAACAGAAACUCGCUUCUUCCAUUGAUCGCAAUAUAAAUCCACCAGUUUUGACCUUUGGUAGUGAGGCAAAGGGAGGUGUUGAUGGUGAGAAGGUAGGACAAUUAACCGACGAAGGUGCAGAUAUUGACGUGUUGGUGAACUCUCCGCCAUCCGAAAAUGUUCCUGGGCCCAUUGAGAAUCAAUCGAUACGUCUGAGUGAAAAUGAGGGACGACCACAAUUACCCAGUCAAAAUUAUACUUUUUUAACUGAAACUGAUAGUGUGAAUGCUUCUGAUAUGUCUCCUUUUAAUGGUUCUAUUAUUCCUCAGGCUUCCGAGCCAAACAGGCUAUGUGAGUCUAAUAACAUCACCUUAUCCCUACUGGAGUUGCCGUCCUCUGUCUACGUUCCACCAUCUUACCCGGUUCCAUCAGUUAUACUUUCCCAUAGUGUAGCAGCGUUUCCAUCCAUUCCAGUUGAAUCUCUCGUAACUCCAAUGCUUACACCACAAGUAUUUCUUCAGGGCCAGCAACAUAGAAAACCGUUUUCGACGUCCAAGAACAAAAGUCUUAACAGUAUGCUGCCAGCGUUUCAAGAAAAUAGUUUGUAUGGGCUGGGUGUACCGCAAAAUGGCAUCAACAAAGAGUACUAUGUGAUGGUUCAUGUCGAGGCGGGAGCAACCUUUUCCAUUCGAACUGGAGACCAAGAGCAACAGAUACCCGGUCCAGCAACAGUACGCUUAGUCCUUAACAAUGGCCCUCCAUUGCCCAUGCCGAUGCAAGUUCCUCCAGGGCACUUAGUACAGCAAAUCGUAGACGAAGAUGGAGUCCUAACUCACGUAAUCCUCUCCCCCAUCGUGCCCUACUCGUCGCACAAGGCAAUGUCUUCGUCUCCCACAUGUGGCGGUGCAUCUCCACUAACCCGUCCAUCACCCUCCGUCGCCGGUUCCUUCUCCGGCGUCGCUCCUCGCUUGCCCGCCUGGCCCUCGCGACUCCGCGCCACUGGCGGUGUCAACGUCAUCAUCAGUCCGAAGACUUCUCCCGGUCUUGCGGUGGCCGGACCUACGUGGCCCGCUCAUGCUCGGCCGGUCGAUAUGCCUCUGGUACAGCCACCACCGCCUCUACACCAGCCACAGCUGCAACACCAACUGACAACCGAUGUUCUCUCCCCGCCAAACGAAACCGUCACGCCCCUCCUAGAGCAGCGUAGGAAAGUAAAACAGGAGCGGCAGUUCGGUGGUAAAAUGGACACCUUAGAGGAGACGCCAGAUAAGUCACCGUUGGCAUCCGCCUCCGCUUCCUCCUCCACCCUUGGUCAGUCAAAGAAACAGUCCACUUCAGGCAAGAAAAAGGCGACCACAAACAUAGGCGCAGAGGGAGAGAGCAGCAAGAGUAGGGCCAAGAAGUCGCGAAAGGUCUCCUCUGUGGAGACAACAGUCUCUGUACCGCCCCUCAUUCCCGAGGAAAUCCCCAAGACGGGGCUCAUCUGCAAUAGGGGAGGGCAGGAGAAUCUGAGGGAAGCACAGAAGGCUCCUAGUCAGCCCAAGAUCUCUGCUCUUCUCCGUGACGACUACUCGUCGCUUACAUUUGAUGAAACUGAUGGCAAAGCUGUUGUGGAAUCAGCAUCUGGUGAGUCCAACGGUACUGCCUCGGUGGACACUAGCCUCUCGCAACGCACUGCAAGGCCUGUGAAUGUUGUCCGACCAACAAAUGGAGGGCGUCUAUUAUCAGCAAUAAACGGUGAUCUGACGCCUGCAGAGGCCUGUGAACUAAAGGCCUCCCUCGGACGGGUGAAUGGAAAGCCUCUCAAUCCUUCUUCAUCCCCAGCCGUCUCCUCACCCGUCAAGGUAGCCAAUCAACCGGACAAUGUGUGGACUGCGCGCAAGUUAGCCGCCCUGGGUGGCCACGUAGAAACCCCUGCUGCCACUACCACCACCACUGUGACUACUGGCAAAUUCGACAGAAUUGGAGAGAAACCAAAGCAUAUGUCCUCUUCCACCAUUUCCACCACUCCCACGAAAUCCACUACCGUCACCCCUGCCACCGCCGCUGGCAAACAGGGUGUUUCAGAGAACCGCAAGAAGGCCUCCAAGAAUGGUGAAGUAUCGAAACCAAAGGGGAAUUUUGAAAGCAACUCUGACGAUAAGAAAACUCCCAAAAAGGACCAGCAGCAAAACAGCGGCACUAAUACGCUAUCUUCCACUGCAGCACCCAAUACCAAUGCCAUCGUCACAACCACGCUGGACGUCACAGAAACAGCUACUACCUUCCUUCCAAACACCACCCAACAUCCCUACUACUCAGCCCCGCCUUUCUGUAAUACCGCGACCCCACAUCCCUCCCCGUUCUUUCCUGCACCCCCGCACACUCACUUCGGUCCACCCCCACCACCACCGCCCUCUUGUUUCAUGCCUCCCCCACCGCCACACCACUCCCCCGUACAACCCCCUCCGCCUUAUCUAUUUUCAUCGGGCAAUCCGACUGCUGUGGUGGCAGGCGCACCGUACCUCUCCUUCCAGUUACCCCCUCCGCCGAUUACCCAUGGGUUGCCGAGUCCUCUACAUCCCACUACGGGGGCGGUGCCCACUGGAGCACCACUACUCGGUGUACCGCAUACCUUACCCUUCGUCACCCCAACAACCGCUGCUGCCGCCGCUGGUACUGCGACCAUCGGAAUAGCGGAAGAUGAACGCAGCACGAUUAUUCGAGUGCUUUCGAAAAUUGCACCACCGAAGAAUACUGCAACCUGCAUGGGUUUUGGAUACGAAAAUGAGAGGGGACUUAGAAAAUGCGGCAGUGGAAAUGGAUGUAUCAAGGACAUCUUUUGUGGACUCUUCCUAUGCUUGAACAUACCGGUGGAUCAAAGCGUCAAUCGGCACAGUACUCUUGGUUGUGUGCUCUACGAUUUCCUCGCUGCCCUGAACGCCGUAGAGUAUAAUGUCGCGUGUACCCGAUGGAUGGGAUUCGAGUUUAACUGCUUCACAAACCGAGCUGAACUCGUUCGCGAGACUGCAGAUAGCUCUCGUAAACUCGGUUUUGGGGCACUUGGAGACGGUGCGAUCAGUUCCGUAGACAGUCGCAGUGUGACCAUCAACAUCUCAAUUCCUGAGAACCUCUGCAUUGAUGAACAGCCGCUAAACUCUACUGGGGAAAUUCAAAAACCACCUUCCAAUGUAACUUCCAAGAAGGGAGGGAAAUCUGAUAGGGCUGACAACGAGGAUAGGGGUGAGGACACGAGUGCAGUCAAGUCCACCACACAAGAGUCUUCUGUCACCACUGUUGAUGCUACAAAUACCCCACCCAUCUCAAAGUCUUGGUCUAUUCCACCCUCCCAUCUCCGGUUCGCACUCUACCUCUCCGAACGCGAUGAGAACUUUGUUUGCGUCUACGUUGGCGAAGUAACCUGCAUUCUGCUGCAAGAUCUACGGCCGGGUGUCCAAUACAACAUAAAGUACGUCCGCUUUGAUGCAUUUAACUUCAGGUUUCACUCUAUUCAGAAAAUAUACUACGAUGCGAUUCAGCUGCUAGUGUGUUGCAUGUACGAGGGUCUCUGUGGUACUGCCUCAGAGUCCGCAGAGUUCGUCACCUUGGCAACCGAACCAUCGUGCCCGCGGCCACCGAAUGUGUUUGCAAGGACAAAGAGCACUCUAAGCGUGCGAUGGGCGGUACCUGCGGACAAUGGGUCCAAAAUUAUUUCUUACUGCCUCCAAUACGCUACAGUCACCAAGGCUGGGGGGGCGCCAUCAUUUCAGAUUUGCUACACGGGGAUCCAACGCUUCCAUAAGCUUUCUCAUCUCCUACCAGCCACCACCUAUAUGCUACGUGUUGCGGCAAUCAAUACACAUGGACAGAGCCCCUGGAGUGAUGUAGUGUCGGUGAUGACUUACGGUCUGCCACCAUCUUCACCUGAUCCGCCGCGUUUGCUUAAAGCCACGACUCACAGCCUUCAUCUCACCUGGGAGCUCCAGCCCACUAGUCACGGGUCCUCCUCAGCCCCUUCCAAAUCAAUCCUGCGCUACCAACUGGAGAUGCAGGAGGGCGAAGCGCGUCAGCACUUUAAGAAGGUUUACGACGAUGACGCCACGCAGUACUUGGUGGAGGGUCUGCGGCGCUGCUGUCUCUAUCGCUUUCGACUGGCUGCUAGCAAUGUGGAUGGAACUAGUCAUUGGAGCGAUAUCGUAGCCUUCCGUACCGUUCCUGAUCUACCCACUGCUCCCAAGGGUCUAAGAUUGCGAGGACGCGUGCGGCCGUUUCACGUGAACCUUUGUUGGUCAGCUCCGGACGACGACGGGGGGAUGCCGGUGAGCGCCUACCGAUUGGAAGUCCUCAUGCCACAACUGCCCACCUCACUUCUUCGCAAGUACACCAUGCACCAGCAACAACUACAACACCAACAGCACAAAAAGGAAAGUUUGCACUAUCUCCAUCCCGCAGCUGACUCCGAGGAGAUCAAAUCUUCCGAGAUUCGGGGCCCUAUUUGCUGGCCGUGGGUCAUUGAUAACAACGCGUUCGCGUGUGUGCCACCGUCCACCUACGUACUUCAACCACCUACGAGCAGUAUCUAUUCCUUGGGAAAGGUGAACGACGUGCCGCAGUUGCCGUUCCGCGUACCCUCCUCCGCCAGCCCGAUCAACAAUCCUGGUGAGCGGUCUGGCGCUGCUGCCACCUCCUCGCUCAGCUUCUCCGAGAGCUCCGACAACGAGGCCACCGACUCUGCCUGUGCCUGGUACGCAAUCUACGAGGGUCGCUGCAAGGAGGUAACUGUUUGCAACCUCAUACCUGGCCAGUCCUUCCAGUUUCGCGUCCGUGCCUCCUCGCAUCGUGCGACUGUGUCUAGUCAACCCCACGCUCGUACUACAAGUUCAUCCAGUGUCGUCCCUUGGGGUCGCGCCUCGACCUCUCCACUUAAGGUCACCACCCCCGCCGUACCUCCAAUUAACCCACCCUCAAACCUCCGUCUUUUCGGCCGCUCCAACCCCACUGAACUCAGUUUCACCUGGGAUCCACCCACAUCAAACGGUGGGGCUCCUAUUCUCUCCUACGAACUCUGGCAGUCACUCCGUGAUCCAAUCUCUGGGAGUCCAAUUAAGUGUACAUCUUGGCCGAAGGCCCCUUCUUUUGUGAUGGGGAUUACCUCCUCUGAGAGUAUGCGAGACCUACAUGCCAAUGUGGAACCAAUUCCUCCUUCCUCUUCCUCCGUGGCGGCAAUAGCAGCGGGAGUGCUCUCUGCUCCCGGUUCCGUCACCUCUAGUCCUCAGCACCAGACCAGCAUUGCCACCCCCUCACGGUUAGUCUUUGCGGGUGUGGAGAACAGUUGUGAGGUCCGGGGCCUUCACUCUGGCCAGUUGUUUGCCUUCCGGGUACGUGCUAGAAAUUCGACUGGUUGGUCGGAGUGGUCUGAAUGGAGUACCUUUGCUACGGCACCAUCACCGCCAUCAGCUCCUGGGGCGCCACCGCGAGUGAAACCGACCUCUGCAACCAGUGUGUUGGUGAGUUGGGAGGAGGUGGGGCAGACUAACGGCGCCUCCAUCACCGAGUAUCGUGUUGAGUGGCAACCGCGUGUCGAUGAACCCUCACAGACCUGCACUCCGUCUGGACGUGAACACGAUGAGGAAAUACUACUUCUGACCACCGAGACUAACAAUGUUUCCGGAUCGAGAAACCCUAGUUCGUGUUCUCCUUCCAUGGGAAUCUCUAAGUGUCUAAAUGAUGGUUUCCAACUGGUAUACUCGGGCUUAGAACGACAUUUCGAACUGCAUGAUUUGCAACCGGCCUCGCGAAUUGCCUUUCGCGUGCGAGCUGUAAAUGCGGCGGGCGCAGGAGGAUGGAGCCCUGUGGGGAGCUGUGUAAUGCCUGCUGCUCGACCUGACCAGCCUUCCGGUCUUACCCUGGAUUCUUCCUCGCUCCUGGCGACGCCUGCCGCUGCAGCAGCCCCUGAAGCAGAGAUUUCUGUUGGCGGUGUCUCCAUGACCACUGCCCGCCUUGUCUGGAUCGCUCCUUUUGACAAUGGCUGCCCCAUCACCAGUUACAAUCUUGAAGUGACUCGCUACACCAAUGGUCAGACCUCGACACCCGCCCUGUCGACUGGAACAAGUCACUCUCACACUGUAUACCUCCCUCUUUAUGUUGACGGUGAAGAUCUUAUUCAAGCAAAAGUAACGGAAUCUCUGCCACUACCACCUCCAUCUCUGCCUCCACCUCCUGACUCUUUCUCGGAGGAGGAGGCCGUGAGGGUGGAGAGAGGCGGAAGUGCAGGGGAAGUAGGAGAUAGACUUAAUAACGGGGAUUGUGGCGACCUUCGAGACGUCUUCUGCAUUCCCGGUCCCUCCAGCCUCCUCCUUCAAUCCUCCCCGGUCUCGGCCUCGCCCUCUCCCCUCCUCUCUCUAGGUAUCGAUUCAGGUUCCGGACUCUCCUCCAAUGUCUCUUCGGAAAGUGGUCAUCAACACCAUUACCAGCAUCUUCAUGCGAGCGUUUCCAAAUCCCUGGGUCUCAGAGUACGUCAUCCACCCGGUGCAAUGGGCGUCAUGGAAUACGUCUACUACACUCUUACCGGACUGGAAAUCGGAGCUAAGUAUCGAGUCCGUGUGCAGGCGCUGAAUGCUGUCGGCGUUAGUCCCUUCUCAGGAAUUCUCCACUUUUCCACCCUCCCACCGCUUCCAUUGCCGCUGACGCUGUGUUGUGUUGGAACCACCGCGAGUGGUAUCAAACUUCGGUGGUCUUCGUCCGUCGACUCGCACGAAACCGAUGAGGUGCACCCGAAGUCGAAACCCUCGACCUCGACCAAUAUCAAGUACAUCCUCGAAAUGAGCAAAAAACCGGAAUCAAAGGGCUGGGUAACCAUCUUCGAGGGACCACAAACCUCUUUUAAGGUGCGCAAACUGUCAGAGGCCACACGCUACUACUUUCGUGUUGCCGCAGUUAAUAUCAGCGGAAAAGGCGCCUUCUCCGAGGUCCUGCAUGAAAAGACCGCUUACUCACAACCACCACCUGUUGAAGCACCACAAGUGGUUGACGUCUCUCACACUCAAUGCAAACUUCAGUGGCCGACACUGAAUAAAAUGGGACAUGACCCGUUGAUCUAUCUGGUUCAGUUAACCCGCGUCCCUGGCAUCUCUAGUACAACCACCAUUACAAAAACGGCGUUGGGAUCUUCACCAUCGACUGAGUCUGAAACCGUGACUACGGCAGGGGUGCUAACAGAGGCGUGGGAAGGGGAGGAGGAGGCGGUGACGGUCUACCGGGGAGCGGGGACUUCUUGCACCAUUAGUAACCUUGCCUCUGGUACCAACUACAUCGCCAGAGUCUGUGCCAUCCGCUGUUGCCAAACCGAACAUCCGGAGCAACUACCUCUUUCGACUUCUAAGGCCGAAGUCGAUCAGGAACUUGUUACUCUACAGACCCCAUUACCAGCUUCCUCAUCGAGUUCCACAUGCGCAAAGAUAAUGCUGAUACACGGUCCCUUCUCCGUUGGUACGGCUUUCACAACUCUGCCAAAAAAGCGAACAUUCGUAAGCGAGUUGAUCAACUUCGUGUUGCUCAGAUCGACGCUCGUCAAUUGUCGUGCGACUCUGCCUCCAUCGACAACACAUUCGGCGCAGGAGAAGUCGCCAUCCCCUCCGCCUCGACGCCCAUCCAUGUUAGCUGUGAACCACCUCAUCGCAAUGUUUCAACGCUUGCGUGCGUACGCGUUCUUUCGACACAUCAGUGGUCACUCCAUGACCUCAUCACGGGAGCGUGCCCAGCGUCGAAUGGCCUGCUUAUUUGUCAUCGGUUUUGUGCUAUUCACACUGCUCUGCGCCUGGUUUGCAAAUCAGUUUCUUCUCAAGUUUUCCGACGAUGUCUCGCCAGCUGCUAAGUGGCCUGGUGGUGGUGGCUCCCUAGAAGACAGCAGUUCCUCUGCACGGGCUGCUCUUUAUGCCACUCGUGGGCGUGGAGGUGGGAAAGUAGCAACAACUCCGGUAUGUCGUUACGUGGCUUUGCUCUACUGCCUGUCUUUGAUUGAGAGCUAUGAUUUGCAAAUGCGAUACUGGAUCCUGCGUUCAACAGCGGUUUGUCUCUUCUGCUGA